GAGACCACUUGAUGACUCUAGGUCGGCGAUCUAUACAUGCAGCCCUAUAUAUAUAAGCGAAGUUGUGUGUGUGUGUGUGUAUAACACAGCGGGUAGAGGAACGACGUGGGUUGUUGUGGUCGAUAGAGAUUCCACGUGAAACCCGGUUGGCGAGGCUGCCACCACCACCACCACCACUACUAAUUGACGACUGCACGGGCUGUGGGUGAUUGUUGUGGGUGCACUGAUGAGUCCCCAUACGAGUAUCCCUGCUCCUCCUCCUCGUCGUGGGAGCUCCGACGAGCACAAGUCCACGGCUUCCUCCUCCUCCGACGGGUCCGCCGCAGACACCGUAGAGAUGGAGCUGGAGAACGAGUUCAUGGGCCCGUGCAUCCCCGAAGAGGAGCCGGAGAGGAAAGAGGUCACCCGGCGUACUGGCGGCGGUCGGCCCAGCAUCAGCAUCACUGUUGGUGGUGCUCGUCCGAGCAUCAGCUUCACCGUCCUGUGUCCGAACCCGCUUGACCUCAGCCAGUCGACUGAAGCCGAAGAUGUAUCUCUCCUGUGCACUUCCAGAAAGAGCGUGAAAAUCAAAAACUUUUCGGAAGAAGUCCGCGCAGGUCGGGACGUGGACCGCUUCCUUAGCCAGGCGGCCGUGCUGCUCGAUCUUCCGUCGCGAUCGUUGGAGUCGACGCUGUGCCACAUGCUGGAGAGCGUGCUGGAAGAUAGCGCGUGUGCCGAGCUCCGCGAUGCACGCUGCUCCCUCCUCAAGCGAGCGCUCUUCACGGACAUGGCCCAGGCUUCUCUUCAUGGAACUGUGCACCUGCUCUCUGAGACAAUCCAGGCUGUAACGGUCAACCCAUCGGGCCUUCACUACCAGCAGUCGUGGCUCUGCGUGCUGUGCACGGAGAUGACACUGCAGCACCGGGAAGUGUGCAUCGCUCGACUGGAAAGGGCACAGAACUGGGGAGAGAACUGCUGUGAAGUGCGCUUUGUUAUCCUGGUUCUUGCCCCACCAAAGUCGAAAAGCACCAAGACAGCGACUGAGGUGGGCCGCACUUUCGCAACCAUCUUCGUGGACAUUGGGUUCCGUCAGCGACUUAUUGAGGCUCGCUCGCCCGAAGAGUUCAAGCACGCCCUCCUUCUCCGGCGACACGACCUCACGGCACAGCACGAGGAGGGGGACUCCAGGAUUCCCACGCCCGUGCUUGAGCGACCCAAAGCAACCUUGCAGUCAGAUCAGCCCGAUGGCAGCCCAUCUCUCCAGGAACAAGAGGAUUCCAGCAAGUCCUCGACUGAGAGGAGUAUUGUGUGCACUAUUCCUGGAAUGGGGAUUUGGGAAGACAUCCGUCGCAGGCUUCCAUACUACUCCUCGGACUUCACGGACGGGAUUCUUAGAAACCGGUGCAUUGGAAAGUACAUCAUCGCCAUGAUAUUCCUGUACUUCGCCUGCCUGCUGCCCUCCAUCGCGUUCGGAUCGCUCAACGACAUCAACACGAGAGGAGCGAUCGACGUCCAGAAGACACUCGUGGCGCAGAGCAUGGGAGGAGUGCUGUUUGCGGUUCUGUCGGGACAGCCUCUCAUUGUUCUGCUCACCACUGCGCCUCUCGCCCUGUACAUAUAUGCGAUCCGGACAAUUUGCGAUGAGUUUGAACUGGACUUUCACGCGUACUACGCCUGCAUCGGCCUCUGGAACAGCUUCUUCCUGACACUCUACGCCCUGCUGCACAUGAGCACACGCCUGCACCUCUCCAAGCGAUCUAUUGAAGAGAUAUUUGCACUCUUCAUCUCCAUCGCCUUUGUGGUGGACGCAAUCAAGGAUAUCAUUAAGAUCUUCAAGCAGAACUAUCUGCCCGGGGAGCCGGGAGGCUGCGGUUCUGCGGGGAACAACACGAGCGAUGGCAGCUGGGAAGGCGCCGCCGGGGUGGACUCGGGCGGCCCCAAGGGCAGCCGUGACGUGGCCCUCCUGGCCCUGCUCCUCAUGCUGGGCACAGUGUGGCUUGGGAGCACUCUUUACCAAUUCCGCAAGCGGCCAUAUCUGCACCUGCAAGCGCGGGAGAUCCUGUCCGACUGCGCCAUGCCCCUCUCCGUCAUCGCCUUCUCCUUCCUGGGCUCCUACGUGUUCCGAGACAUUGACCUGACAGGGCUCAAGUUCAGCUACACUCCGAGUGAGAGCUACUUUGCGCUGGCGCCACUGAGUCUCCUAACAGUGGGCUCUAUAUGCAGCGCAAUGGGCAUCGGCUUCCUGCUCUCAAUCCUUUUCUUCAUGGAGCACACGAUGGCCGCCUCGCUCACCAACGCACCGCACAACAGGCUGAAGAAGGGCACGUCGUACCACUGGGACCUGCUCCUGGUGGCCGUACUCAACGCCACCUUCUCGCUUUUCGGGCUGCCCUGGAUGCACGCCGCCUUCCCGCACUCUCCGCUGCACGUGCGCGCGCUCGCCACGGUCGAAGAGCGCGUGGAGGACGGCCACGUGGACGAAACCAUCGUGUGCGUGCGCGAGACACGCGUCCCAGUGCUCCUAGCGCACAUGCUGCUGGGUUUGUCACUUUUUUUUCUGCUACCCCUGCCACUGCAGUGGAUUCCACGGCCCGUGCUGGAUGGCAUCUUUUUGUACAUAGCUCUCACGUCGCUGGAUGGAAACCAGCUCUUCCAGCGUCUGGCUCUGCUGUUCACCGAACAGACGGCCUACCCGCCCACUCACUACGUGCGCCGCGUGCCACAGCGCAAGAUCCACUACUUCACGGGGCUGCAGCUGCUGCAGCUGACCGUGCUGUGCGGCGUGGGCUUCUCCCCCAUACCCUACAUGAAGAUGGUCUUCCCAGUCAUCAUGCUGGCCGCCCUGCCCGUGAGGUUUUUUGCCGUUCCAAAAAUAAUUGAAUCCCGCUACUUGGAUGUGAUGGACGAGGAGCUGUGAAGAUGCGCGCGGUGAUGGGGGGCGUUGGUUGUCUGCGCUCGUCAACGCGUGGGGUUUGCCGAGGCCGUCGGCCGCGGUUGUGACGAUGCUUUGGCGGCAGUGUGUCUUCAUGCAUUUUCAGGAUGCAGAGCUGUUGACAUAAUUGCCACCUUGUGCAAGUGAACAAAAGAGUAGCAAAUUUCGAUUUAAAGCUUUCGUGACUGCAGGGAUUCAUCUUCUUGGUUCUUUCGGUAAAGUCACGUAGAAGGGAGAGAAUUUUUAUUCGUUUAUUAUUUCCCUUCUACGUGACUUUACCGAAAGAACCAAGAAGAAAAGAGUACCAAUUCGUGUAAAAUGACGGUUUUGUAAGAGGCUGUGGGCUGUACCCGAUCUGCGCGAUGGCUGUAUUGGUUAAACACGCUUGUGGAAAUGAAGCCAUGCGACACGUGUGUGUGUGUGUGGGGACCACGUUAUACAAGGGUUAAAGGUUAAGGCAGAAAAAUAUUGUCUUGACUUGUCACCCUGCCUCUGCCAAAUCCCCGUUUUGAAUGUUCUUCUGUUUACCGACUGCUCCUAGAAUGUACCGUGUCAGGUAAAUGUGUGUGUCAUAAGAGUGCUUUUUAGCACGCAGUGUAAAUACCAAAACUACAGAUAAACGCGAUAACUGGGAAUUGCCAGCCCCCAUUUGAAUGCCCAUGGUCGACCACAAUAGUUGCUUGUGUGAAAGGGGUAAAAUGGAAUGCGUGUGGUGGUAUGGGGGGACAUUUGAUGAUGCACAUAUGUCCAGACUAUAACGGUAUGAAAAACCUGAACUAAUACUGAGCUUUUAUUAGCAAUAUGGUAUUUUGAAGGCACUUUUUUAUUGGUUUGAUUUUAUCAUAAGGUUGCUAUUUAUGUGGAGCAGCACCAUUAAUAUAAUUUUUGUUUUGUGAAUAACAUGUAACAUUUUCAUUCCCCCAAUGUGAAUGAAAAUAAACCCAGUUUUACUGAAAUUAUGGUUCUGGAUAUAUACCAAAUCGGUCAAUUACUGCACCUCGUAAGAAAUAACAUUGGUAUAUUUAUUAAUUAUAUCCUUCAUGUGUUUUGUUUUUACCAUUUUAAUGGGAUUUUAUUGCUCUGGUGUACAAUGUAAAUAUUUUUUCCAGAUUUCUGUAGGUCAGAAUAUUUCAAGGUGAACUAUGUGAAGUAAGUGAUAUACAUGUCCAAUUUGAUUUGUAUUAUAAGUGUCCUGCCAUUAAAAGCUUCUAAUAACUGUAAAUAUUCCACCUUGACAGCCUCUUAUGCGAAUUAAUAAAUUGACCGAUACAUGUAUGGGUUGUUAGGCUACAAUUGGUGAUUUAUUCUGUAAAAAUCACUACAAUAUCGUAAGACAUGUUGGUCUUAACAUAAGCCAUAGUCUAUAGACGGUCACUUUAUAUUAAACACACAAAAAGGCUCAUGAAAGUGGAUGAUAUUUGUGAAUAAACAUUUUAGAUUUUA